AUGAACUACAGGCAAGAAAUAAUAGUUUUUUUUAAUUCAACGCGCACUGUGAACAAAAUGAACGAAGUAAUUUUUUAUUUUUUAUUAUUAUCCGGCGUUGGCUGUCUACGCCUCGAGCAAGUCUUAAUUUUUAGUCGUCACAACAUAAGAGUUCCAUUAUCAAAACAUAUAGAUGAAUACACGAACAAAAUAUUUCCGAAAUGGUCCAAAGAGCCGGGCAUGCUGACGGAAAAAGGAGCCUUAUUGGAAGGCCAUAUGAGCGAAUAUCUAACGAAAUGGAUGACAGAGAAUCAACUUUUACCCGGAACGUGUCCCGACAAAGAAACUGUUUUGAUUUAUGCGAAUAAUAAGAGACGAACCAUAGCUACUGCGAAGGCGUUUGUCGAUGCCGCAUUCCCUGACUGUAAUGUAAACGUGAAGUAUGAAAAGGAUUUAGAAAAAUAUGACGUCACCUUUAAUUAUGCUAUUCGUAACACCACCGACUGCUACAAAAGAAAAGUUCUCGAAGAAAUCGAGGAAAUGCUCGCCAAAUAUAAUCUAACAGAUGCCUACGAAGAAUUAGACAAGAUUAUCGACAUCAAACACUCUAAAAAAUGCGAAAGAGAAGGAUUCUGCGAUUUGGGCCACGAUAAGAAUAUUGUAAUUUAUCACGCUGGCGAGAAACUGGAGUUGAACGGACCUCUGACAAUAGGAAAUGAAGUAGUUGAUAAUUUUAUAAUGAGUUACUACGAAGGACGUCCCCUGGAAGAAGUUGCUUGGGGAGAAAUCACUAGUCCCGCGCAAUGGAAAGUUCUAACGAAAAUAACGGCUAUGGAUCAACAAAUACGGUUUAAUAUUCCCUCAGCUGUCAAAGACAUCGCCCGACCUACGAUUAGAUAUAUGAGGUCUAUAUUCUCGAACGAAAAUAUUAAAUUUGCUUUGCUCGUGGGCCACGAUGCGAAUUUGAACUUAAUAACCAACGCUUUAGGCUUCAAUUCGUUUGUACUAAUGGAGCAGUACGAGCCGUACCCGGUAGGCGGGAAGAUUAUAUUUCAAAAAUGGAAGGACGCGGCCGGUGAUUAUUAUUUGAAAGUAGAAUACGUUUAUCUGUCAUGGAAUCAAUUAAGAGAUGGCGUUAAAAUUAACAUUCAAAACCCGCCAUUACGAGUUACAUUGGGAAUCAAAGAUUGCGCGAUCGAUAAAAAUGGUUUAUGUCCGUGGGAUGAUUUCAUAAAAUUAAUAAAUAAGUAUUAA